UUGUAAGAAUUCAAACCACUCAUGAACACUCCUCCCAAAUGGCGAAGUGGUUCAGCAGUCUGACCUCGCGCACUCUCCUUCCCCAGAGCAAAACCAGAAAAUCCGCUUUGCCUUCUAGAUUUCUCAGUUCCAACUCCGUAACAGGGAAGCCAGAACCAUAUGGAGAUGGUCAAGAUACGCACACAAAGAACCACGAAGUGAAGGAACUAAACUGCCAUGAACAAGUAAGAAAACUUCAAGCUCUUGUACAGCAAGGUCAUUUGGAUUCCGCUUGUACCCUACUUAAAUCCAUUCUUCUCUCUAAGGCCACUUCGACGUCCCCUUCUGAUAUCUUCCAUCUCUUCUCUACCUCCCCUUCUCUGAAACCCUCCCUCUGUGAUCUCCUCUUGUUAGUAUGUGCAGAAUCCAAAAUGCCCACCGAAGCCAUGGAGCUUCUAGCAUUAAUGAAGAAAGAUGUUAUCUGUCCCUCACUUGCAUCCUUCAAUCGCUUAUUAGAAACCCUGGUUAGCGUUCAAAAGUUCCAUGAAACCCUAAAUCUGUUUUCGGAAGCUGCCCAUUAUGGAAUUCGUCCCGAUACUUUUACUUACAACAAAGCCAUCCAGUCAGCUGUGAAAUCGCGGGACUUGAAUAGAGCUCUUGAGUUGAUGGAUUUUAUGAAGAAGAAACGGGUAAGGCUGAAUUCGUUCACGUACAAUGUGGUGAUUUCUGGGCUAUGUAAAGAAAAACGAAUGGAAGAAGCAAGAAAACUGUUUGUCGAAUUGCCGAGUAGGAAAGUUUUGGCUACUCAUGUUACGUACAACACACUUAUUGAUGGAUACUGCAAGGUAGGAGAUCUGGACGAGGCUUUUAAGGUAAGAGAGCUGAUGCAAAAGGAGGGUCCCUCUCCAAACCUUGUUACCUUCAAUACUUUGCUUAAUGGGCUUUGUCGGAAUCAACGGAUGGAGGGGGCAAGGCAUUUGCUGGAAGAGAUGAAAACUCAUGGGUUUGAUCCGGAUGCUUUUACGUAUAGCAUUCUCUUUGAGGGGUAUUUUAGGUGCAGUCGUGUUGGUGCUAUGUUGGCUCUCUACAGAGAGACGAUUGGUAAAGGGGUCCGGUUCAAUGAUUACACUUAUAGUGUUCUAUUAAAUGGCCUUUGCAAGGCAGGCAAGAUCAAAGAGGCGGAGGAGGUUAUAGACAAUCUGAGGAAGACUGGAUUCCCUUUGACUGAGGUAAUAUGUAAUACGGUUAUAGACGGAUAUUGUCGUUCUGGUUAUGGGGACAAAGCUAUUUCAAUGAUGGAACAAAUGGAAGUACUUGGCUUGAGGCUCAGCUGCAUGACAUUUAAUCCUAUUAUCAAUGGGUUCUGUGAGAUGAAGGAUAUAACCAGAGCAGAGGAAUUGGUGAGGGAUAUGGAGAGGAAGGGAGUUUCCCCAAAUUUAGAGACUUAUAACAUCUUAAUUAAUGGAUAUGGCCGGAUUUGUCAGUUCGAGAGGUGUUAUCAGAUUCUUGAAGUUAUGGAAGAACAAGGGCUCAAACCCAAUGCCAUGAGCUUUGGUUCUCUCAUAAAUGGUUUGUGCAAGGAUGGUAAGCUUGAUGAAGCUGAAAGAUGCCUCAGAAGUAUGGAAAUUAUAGGAGUUUCUCCAACUGUAAAUAUUUAUAAUAUGCUUAUUGAUGGCCGCUGUAAAAUGGGCAAGUUCAAAGAUGCUGAAAGGUUGUUCAAUGAAUUGGCAACAAGUGGUAUUUCCCCUACUAUUGUAACAUACAACUCCCUGAUAAAUAGGCUUUGUAAGGAAGGAAAAGUGUUGGAAGCUGAAGAAUGGGCUCGUAUAAUUCAAGGUAAACGAUUGAGCAAUAAAAAAACAAUCGAAAGUAAAGGUUUUAGUCUUGAUGUGAUUACAUAUAAUUCCCUAAUUGAUGGGCAUUUUCAUCUGGGGAAUGCUCAAAAAGCUCGGGAUUUGUAUGAAGAUAUGAAGAAGCAAAGUGUUAAACCUAACUUAGGUACUUAUCAUGUUCUAAUCAGUGGGGUUGGCAAAGAAGGAGCAGUGCAAGAAGUGGAGAAGUUACAUCAGGAAAUGUUGUCUAAUAAUCUGGCUCCUGAUCGAGUUGUUUAUAAUGCACUAAUUCAUUGUCAUGCAAAGUAUGGAGACAUCCAGAAAGCAUUUGCGCUUCACCAAGAGAUGGUAGAUAGUGGGAACAAUCCUGAUAAAAUGACCUACAAUAGCCUCAUAAUAGCGCAUCUUAGGGAGGGAAGGGUGCAGGAAGCAAACAAUAUUGUUGAUGAUAUGAAGGCCAAAGGUUUUGUUCUUGGUGCUUUUUCUUAUAACAUACUUGUUGAGGGGCACUGCAAGCUAAAUGAUUUUAGUGGCGCCUAUCUUUGGUAUAUAGAAAUGCGUGAGAAUGGUUUUCGUCCCAAUGCCAGUACUUGCAAUGAACUUAUAAAUGGACUCAUGAACGAGGGUAGAUUGCAAGAGGCUGAGCAUCUUUACUUUGAAAUGAAAGAGAAUGAGUCAAGUGGUAAUGAGGCUCUACCUGUGGCUGCAGAGAUAUAGGUGUUUCAAUGCUUCUCUUUGUGCAUAAGCUCUCGUUGCAAAUAUGUAUCACUGGAUAGUAGGAAUAGAUAGUGCCUCAGUCCUUAGUUAACAGUUGAAGUUUGCAUUUGGUUUCAGCGACAAAAGAUUUAAUAUACAGAGAUGGAGUUUCAUGUAGAAUUUGAUAAACUAAUUGAAGUCCUGGUCUGGUCUUUAUGUUGGCAUUCCAAAGCUCUGAUCGCAGGGUGUCUUUGUAGUUUGGGAGGAUUGUUCAUCCAAAGUGGAGAUCUUUUUAACAUUGAGAUUUUUCACCUGUAAGCAGCUGAACACAGACUUCAGGGAAGAGGGAGUGAGAGUGUCCAUUCUACAAAAUGGGCAUUGAUGAUAAAGGAGAGCAAGGAGGCUUUUGAGAGACUGAAUUUGAUUAAAAGAUGGGGGGAGGAGUGGUCAAGCAAAGGUUGAGGGUUUCUCAUGCAUUGUCACCUUUAUCGAUUUCAGGGAUGGUUAUGCUUACUUAGUAUUUACACAUAAUUGCAUGAUUGGGAAUUUGUUAUCAGCAUACCUUUCACAUAUAGGUGUAAGCCAAAAGGGAUAAGGAUCAACUCAAGAGUCUUGGAAGCAGGAAGGGUGAUGCCAGGGAUUAACCUCAAAAUGGACUAGAAUUUGGAGACCAUGAUGCCGGAACUGGUUCCUCUAUUUAUAGACGUACAAGGGAACAAGGUUUCAUGCACGGGACCAGGAUUCUAGAAUAUUCUUCGAUCAGUGUAGUGUAAGGAAACAGAUCCAGCUGUAAGCCAACAGAGAUAAGGAUGGACUUAGAGUCUUGAAAGUAGGGAAAGAUGAUGGUUCUUGUGUUUUUGACUGACUGGAGUCCCUGAUGUAGAAACUAGCCCUUCUAUUUAUAGUUGGGGAAGAGAACAAGUAUUCCUUGUAUGAAGAUGGAUUUCCAAAAUAUUCUUUACAGCACCAGGGGGCAGAUCCCGUUUAUUUCUCCAUUAAAGACAUGUGUCCUUUGGGAUCACAAAGUGGUUAGAGCACGUUCUUGGAUCUUAGGGAGCGAUACGUGUCACUACGGUACUCAGGUACAGCAAGUCAAGAUCAGCUUCCAUCAGGGCAAACCUGUGCCCACACCAGCCUUUACAAUCUUGCAUUGAGAAUAUCUCCCCAUGAAAUAAAGCACACAAGUACGGAGAUAUUCUCAAUGCAUGGCAGUAAAGGUUGCUCGAAUGGGCUUCGUUCUGACUGAAGCCGAACUCCAGCAAGUCAUGGUUUCCCUGGGGUACUGGUCACGUGUCUGAUAACCCUGAGCGUGAUCUUCGUCGUACUCCCUGUUUUGCUUGUCUUGUCUUGUCUUGUCUCAUGAUCCAUGCAGCAUCUUAUGAGACUUACGGAGUAGGUGUAACUCUUCAAGACAGGUCGUCUUAUUUAUGUGAGGAGUGUUUUCACAAGGUGGUUCCUUGUGGAGCACGAUUUGAUCAUUUGGCGAGGCGAUUAUUACCAGGCAUAUCACAAUUUGGCGAUGUGACUUGUGGACUUGGUCGCCUGUUGCCUCUCAAGAUGGGCCGUGAAUGCCUUCUUGUCUCGCCUCACAGGACAGAUUGCCGACGGGGUGACUGGGACUCAUGAAUCUGGUCCUAUGCUGCCUUGCAGGGCAGGUCGCGAAUACCUUCUUGCCUCACCUCGCAGGACGGAUUGUGAUUUGGUGAUGUGACUCGCGAACCUGGUCUUAUGUUGCCUCAUGAGGUGGCUUGCAUGUACUUUUUCGCCUUGCCUCGCGGGAUGUUCUUGCCUCACGAAUUAGCCUCGCUGUGUUUGCAAUGUUGUGAAGUAUUCUUUCCAUCGUUCUCAUUGUCUAGUUGAAAGAAGCUAUUUAUGGUUUGACAGAAAUUAUAAGAGAAGAAAUUCGGAAUGCAUGGCUAGUUGCUAAUCCUGGUUGCUAUCCUACAUCCAUUCAGCUUCCUCAUGUUCCUUUGAUAAAGGUUUUGCAUCUACUCGUUAUACUUGAAAUUCAUCGUUAUAAAUGUUUAGGUUGGGGAGUCUCCUUUGAAAGACCAAUUUCCAGCCCUUUUUGUAAUGUCCACCUUAAAAAAUGAACCAAUCGCUACAUUCCUUGUUCCCUCAAAUUCAAAUUCUGGGUUUAGUUGGAACUUGGCUUUAAGAAGAGCACUUAGGGAUACAGAAUUGAAUAGUACCUCAACUCUCUUGUCCAUUCUUGAUGGGGUUUUCUUGGAGCGUACAAAAACAGAUAGUAGGAUUUGGACUUUGUCUCCUUCUGGAUCCUUUACUUGUGCCUUCUUCUUUAAAGCCCUAAUACAACCGGAAAUUCCUAUUGGCUUGCCAUUCCCUGUUAAGGAAGUGUGGUGUCAACCUAUACCUCUGAGGGUUGGGAGUUUUUGUUGGGAAGCUUUCCUGGAAAGAAUUAACACAGAUGAUUUACUUCAAAGAAAAAGACCCAAUAGCUGUUUAUCUCUACAUUGGUGAGUCUGGUUACCACUUACUAAUAUCUUGUGUUUUGGCAAAAAAUAUUUGGGAAUGGUUUGCUUCUUUGUUUGGGU